CUGCUGUAAAACGAAUGAAAUUAUUCGUUCAAGAUUCGUUCACGACUCGUUCGUUUUACUGUUCGAGAGUCAAAGAUCCGACUCACUAAAAAGAGUCGGUCUUCCCAUCACUAACACUGACUGAGUAGCGUGGAGUAGCUGGGAUUUACGCCACGGUCAGCCACGAAACGGUACGCGGACGGUAGCACAGAGAAGGACUUGACCUGGGUUGAUGCUGUCUCCAAGUCUGCCGCACACACUCUCUCCAACCAUUUCCGGAGAUAAGAGGGCGCCCUGAGUCAUCUGUAGUCAGUCAGUCACACAGACAGAGAGACAGGAAAGAGGAUUUUUUUUCACUGCUGCAGUGAUAUUUUUGAACGGAAAGGGACGCAUGCUUUUACUGCAGUUAGUAUCUGUCUAUACUCGCCCAGUGUGUGAGGUUCCGUUGCUCAUUCUCGGCUGUUUCUCCUUUUUAAAAUUAAUACACAUAGUUUUAAGUUGUAGCCGGUACAAGCAGCAGUAAAAGCACACAGAACUGUUCAGGGUACGACGGACUCGUCUGUGUGUCCGCCAUGGAGAACGCUCACAUGAAGAGUGUGGAAGAAGUUUACAGUUAUUUCUGCGUCAACGAGAGCACGGGACUUUCACUGGACGAGGUGAAGCGACAAAGGGAGAAAUGGGGCCUAAACGAGUUACCGGCUGAAGAAGGGAAGUCUUUAUGGGAGCUUGUCCUUGAACAGUUUGAAGAUUUACUUGUUCGAAUUCUUCUGUUGGAAGCAUGUAUAUCUUUUGUCCUGGCCUGGUUUGAAGAGGGUGAAGAAACAAUCACAGCGUUUGUGGAACCUUUUGUAAUCUUACUCAUUCUUAUAGCCAAUGCCAUCGUCGGUGUGUGGCAGGUGAGGGGAAAAAAAAACCCUUUGUACUUUAAUCUUACUCCCCAUCACAGCCUCUCUGGGUUACUGUGGCCCUCCUUUUGA